AUGAAGAAGGCGACUGAGUUAAAUGAAUUUAUAGGCUUUCAGUUGAAUGAAGUGGCCACCUUCAAUAUUCUUCAUCUUUCCGACGACACUAUUCUUAUUGGAGGCUGUAGUUGGAAAAACUUGUGGAGUGCUAAGGCCAUUUUGAGGUGGUUCGAGCUAGUGUCUGGACUGCGGGUUAUUUUUUUCAGAAACAACAUUUAUGGUGUUAAUGUGAAAAAUAACUUCAUUCAGACUACUUCAUCCUUUCUUUUCUGCUAUAUUGAUAGGCUUCCCUUCAAAUUCUUAGGGGAACAGGUCGAUUCUAGACCUAGAAGAGCUAGCUUAUGGAGAAAAGUUGUUGAUAUGCUGAGACAAAAGCUAUCUAGUUGGAAAAGUAGAUUAUUGUCAAUAGGAGACAUGAUUGUUAGGAUAAAUGUUGUGCUAAACUCUAUCCUCGUUUAUACUUUGUCUUUACAAAGAUCUAAUUAA